AUCGCGCCGAGCGCGCCGCGCCGCCGCGCCGCGUCCGAGCCAUGCAGUGCAUCAUGCAGUGCAGUGAGGUGUAGUGCGUCACGCUCUAGGAUGUACUCGCCCAGGAUGCGGCGAACGUCGUGCCCGGCCCUGCAGGCCCUUUGCGCCCUGCUCGUGUCCUUGUUCGGGGCGUCUAUGGCUGUUAAGAACAUCACCAUCACGCUACCCGAGGCAGUGGUGCAGGGAGACUCGGUCACCCUCAGGUGUGACUACGACCUCGAGGACCAGAACCUCUACUCCAUCAAGUGGUUCCGGGACGAGAGCGAGUUUUACCAGUUCGUCCCGAAGGAGAUCCCCGCCACCAAAGUUUUCGACGUGGACGGCGUCAAGAUCAAAGUUGAUGUGAGCCGGUCGGACGCCAACAGGGUGACGAUCCAGGACGUGGGCCGCCAGCCGCCCGCCUACUACCGGUGCGAGGUCUCGGCCGACGCACCCACCUUCCACACGGGGUUGCAGACAGGCCUGCUCACCGUCAUCGGUUCGCUGGCAUGGUCUCGUUAUGAUGGCGAAGUUUCGUUUUUCGUUUCUUUGUAUAAAGACUCAUGUCAUCUGUCCAACCUGGUGGAGUACUACACGGAGUCGCUGUCGCACGAGCACGCCGGCGGCCACGGCGGCCACCACGGCCAGGACGACGAGCGGCUGGAGUCUGUGCGCAGCUCGGUGCAGGUGACCGGCCACCAGAGCAAGAUGUCGCUCAGCUGCCGCGCCACCAUGUUCAACGUGUACCAGCAGUCCAGCGUCAAGGUGGAGCUGCAGAGCGAGGGCGCGCCCAAGCCCGCCCCCGUGCGGAAGGCCAGCAGUGCCGCCAACGACGCGUCGAGGACCGCGGCGUCGGCCGCCGCCUGGGCGCCCCUGGUCCUUGUGGCGAUGGUGCUUCGGCGGUAGCGUGACCACUGAGUCACCCUGCCCUCCCCAGCAUCUGCAGCGGUCGCAGUGGGCUAGACCGGCAAAGCGGCCAAAACUCAAAACGCGUCCGGGAUUUUGACCGCCUCUGGCCCACUGGGCAGCGGUCGCGCAGCGCUGACCCGCAGAUGCGGAACGAUUGACCGUCAGUGCGUCCCUCACCGCAUCGGCUGCCAACGGACCUGCAGCGACCGCGCUCCCUCUGUGCCUGCGCCUGCAAGCCUGGAGGCAGCCUGGAGGUAGCCUGGAGGCAGCCUGGAGGUAGCCUGGAGGCACGGAGGAGCCUGGAGGAAGCCUGAGGCAGCCUGGA